AUGAAGUUCCAACAAAUUAGAAAUGCAACAGUGAUCAUCACAUUUGCCGGAAAGAGAUUUCUUGUAGAUCCAUGGCUUGAUCCAAAAGAUGCUUGUGAUCCAAUUCCUUUUGCUAGAGACCCAACACAAAGAUUUCCAAUUUUCCCCUUACCUCUUCCGAUCGAAAAAAUCAUAGAUGUUGAUGCAAUCAUUGUCACUCAUAUGCACGUCGAUCAUUUUUCUGAGUACUCUGCUAAUUUGUUGAAUAAAGAGAUUCCAAUCUUUGCACAAGAUGAAGAAGAAAAAGAAAUUCUUGACAAAUUGGGAUUCAAGCAUGCAGAGGUUCUUUCGAAGGAUGUGACAACUUUUGGAAAUAUUUCUAUUUAUAGAACCAAUACAAAUCAUGGAGAAGAAAAGAUCUAUGAUGCCUUUCACAUGAAAAGAGCUGUCGCUGGUUUUGUUCUCUCAUCUCCAUCAGAAUCCAAGAAAAUUUAUUUGGUUGCUUAUUGA